AUGCCAUCGACUUUCCGGUCCUCACGGUCCGGCCGCCAACUCGAUGGUAACCGCCGAACUGGCCAAAUCGACCACGAUGUCUUCGAAGGAUUGCCUGUCCGCCGCUGGUCGCGUCAGCCACAGGUACACUCACAGAUGCCUAAGUCCGAAGAUCCUGAGUAUCAACAAGGGCCCGGUGCAGGCGCUAUGCUUUCUGAACUAGCUAUGCCGCGGGACAGUAAACUCCUCGGCUCAAGCAGUUGCGCCCUCCUACGCGCCGCUCGUGCCGGGUGCAUUUACAUUCGCCAGAAUGCUCGCGCCCCUGAAGAUAACGAUAAAAAGACUGCAGAUGGCGAGGAUGGAUCCGGUAAUAACUCGGCGGAACGCACCUUCACUAGUCGCAAGUGGAUGGCACUUCCUAAACACCUGGAGCCUGCGGAGGUGGAGUUCCUGGCAAAGAGACGAGUUGGCUUGCCAUCGCUUUAUGGCGGUGUGACAUCUGCCGAUGGAUCUGGGUCUGGCCCUGGUCCCAUGAGGCGGACUAAGUUCAAGAAGACGGACCCUGAAACGGGGAAAAUCUCCAUCUAUGAAGCAUGGGUCCCUGAAGGGCAUCGCAUUGAAGGCGAGAUCACGGGUGAUGUUCAGGCCAUUGCUCAGCAGAGUACUGUACCCGUUAAAGCCGAGAUGCCUGCGCCCGGAACUGUUGUGGAAGGUGUCGGCAUUGUCAAUUCGGAGGGUGUCGUGGUUGCGGAAGCUGGUUCGGCUUCUGUUAUGACUCCGCCUAAGAGACGACCCCCGCCGCCCAAGCGCAAGAAGAUGAAGGGUCCUGGCAGGGGAGGAAAGAAGAAGGUCAUGUUUGCUCCUGGGGAAGGCGCCGAUGCUGCGACUGUCCACGGCGUUCCCCCCGGUCCGGGUGCUGGUGAUAGUGCCCCCAAGGAGGGACAGGAUGCUUCACAGAUGUCAACCAAUCAGCCUGGUCAGGAUGACGAUGACGACGACGAUGGUGAUGAUGGCGACGACAGUGAUGAGGGAGAUGAAUCCAUGAUGGAUGCGAAAACCCCGGAAACCCCACAGGCUCCAUCUGUCGCCGAAUCUGGAGACCUAACUUCCGUCAAUACCCCGGCCGACUCCAAGGACAUUGAAAUGACUGACGCGACUUUCGAACCGCAAUCUCAUGUCUCAGAACCUGCUAUGACAGGAAGCCAAGAGAUUGAACAGCCACCAGCAGUGCCUGAGGUAUCACAGGCUGGAUCCCAGAUCACCGAGGCUGCUUCUGCUGCGCCUGCUUCUGCUACUGAAUCUGAUGGAAAGCCUCCUUCCUAUCAAUUCAAUGGCCUUGAUCGCCAGUCUUAUCAACCCGAAUUUCCAUCCCCCUUAGCAACAGAGGCGGUGCCCAAGGAGGAGUCUCUUGCUCCAGAGCCCACCCCCGCCGCUGUUGCAGAAAUCAAACGGGACUCUAUCCCAGCAGAGUCCGUUCCAGAGCCAGCUCAGUUGGCAACUGAGGUUACACCAACCGAUUCCAAGGAGACUCAGCCUCCUGCGGAGGACUCCCCUGCAUCUGUCAGUCUCGAUAAGGCUGCUACCGAAGACGUCCCUGCAGAGCCUUCACAUGAGCCGGAGUCAAACUUGCCCGAACAGCCUACCGAAGCACUCAUUCCACCGCCAGCUGAACACCAAGAUACCACACCUGCUCCGGUUGCGGAUGAGGCCCACAAUAUUCAAGAAGAUACCCCCAGUGGCCCAGAGCCUGGUCUUGAUUUUACAGACCCAAAGGAUGAUGUGGAAAUGGGUGACGCUCCCGAAGAACCCCAGCAACCCACUGAACCAGAAGAGCCAAGUGCACCUGAAGCUCCCGUGAAGCCAGCUUCCCCUUCGCCGCCAGCCGCAACUCAAGCUCCUACCGAUGAGGCCACGGAGCCCCCUGCUCCUGAGCCAGCCGCUGCGGACCCGACUACUGAGGAAGAAGCUCCAAUCGCAGCGAUCCAAGCAGAAGAACCAGCUGAGCAAUCGCCGCCUGCGCCGACUGAAGAGGCUGAGCAACAGGCCCCUUCGGAGGUACAACCUUCAGCCGAAAAUGAUGAGUCUGCACCUGUACAUUCACCCGAAGAACAAAAAGAUGAGCCAGAGGCACAAGCUGCCCCGGCUCCUGAAUCUGCUUGA